AUGUCUUCCUCCGCCAACACCUCUCCAACGGUGACUGAGACCAUUCCGGUCACUAACUCAGCACUGGUAGUCGUCAACAUGACUCAUGUUGCUAAACUGACGGCUACGAACUAUCUCAUGUGGAAGAUCCAGAUCCAAGCACUACUUGAUGGAUAUGAUCUUGGCGGUCAUAUCAAUGGAUCUGAGGUCGUUCCUCCAUCAACUCUUACGACUGGUGAUGCAGUCUCAGUGAAUCCAGCGUAUACACUCUGGAAUCGACAAGACAAACUGAUUUUCAGUGCUCUUAUUGGAGCAAUCUCCCCCUCGCUCCAACCACUUGUCUCCCGUGCUUCCACAGCCUCUGAAGUAUGGGACACACUUGCCCAAACCUAUGCUAAACCUAGCAGGGGUCAUAUCAAACAACUCAAGACGCAACUCAAAAACUGGCGCAAAGGAGGUAAAACCAUUGAUGUUUACCUUCAAGGCGUCACCACUCGCCUAGACCAACUUGCGAUACUCGGGGCUGCGAUGGAACAUGAAGAUCAGAUUGAUCUCAUCCUCGAAGGCCUGCCUGACGACUACAAAACUGUGAAGGAUCUGAACACGGGAACCCCAUUACUCCAAGGCAAAACUAGAGAUGAACUGUAUGAAUGGCCGGUGUCUCCGUCUCAAGUCUCUGCGUUGUUUGCUUCACCAAACUCUAAGGCGACUUCAGCUUCAUGGCAUUUGCGAUUAGGCUAUCCCUCUUCUUCCAUUCUAAACACUGUUGUUUCUCAAUUCUCUCUUCCUGUGAAAAAACCAUUAUCUCAAGCUUUCUCCUGUUCAGAUUGCUUAAUAAAUAAAAGCCAUAAAAUUCCUUUUUCCAAAUCCACAAUUACCUCAUCACGACCUCUUGAAUAUCUUUUCUCCGAUGUGUGGAGUUCCCCCAUUCUUUCACAUGAUAACUUCAAAUACUAUGUCAUUUUCGUGGAUCACUUUACCCGAUACACCUGGCUAUAUCCCCUGAAACAAAAAUCCCAAGUCAAACAAACAUUCAUAGCCUUUAAGAGUUUGGUGGAGAAUCGUUUUCAACACAAGAUAGGGACGCUGUUUUCUGAUAAGGGAGGUGAGUAUGUGGCGUUAAGAGAAUACCUUUCUACACAUGGCAUCUCCCACUUGACGUCACCUCCUCACACGCCAGAACACAAUGGUAUGUCAGAACGGAAGCAUCAUCAUGUAGUGGAAAUGGGAAUGACGCUCAUGUCGACAGCCUCUGUUCCAAAGCAGUACUGGCCUUACGCUUUUGCCGCCGCGGUGUAUCUCAUCAACCGUUUACCAUUUCCCGUCAUUGAAUUGUGUUCGCCGUUCCAGAAACUCUUUGGAGUAGCUCCCAAUUAUGACAAAUUGCGUGUGUUUGGCUGUGCUUGCUAUCCCUGGUUGAGACCGUACAAUCGUCACAAAUUGGAUGACAAAUCACUUCGGUGUGCAUUCUUGGGUUACUCCAACACACAGAGUGCUUACUAUUGUCUGCACCUUCCCUUUGGACGUCUAUACACCUCACGCCAUGUCCAAUUUGAUGAACAUGACUUUCCGUUUGCUUUCACUCAAGCUCCGAAAGUCACAGAUCUCGAUUGCACAGUGUCCAUGGAAGGACCAGCCCUCAUACAGCUCCCGUCUCAGAGUUCGCCGGUUGUUUUCCCGUGUUCGGACCUUCACUCCGCCUCUUCCGGGCCAUCGUUGACCGCCGCUCCUCCACAGGUAUCGCCUCUCAACGCUAUCUCUUCUUCUUCUCCCUCCUCAAACUCUGAGCCCACUGCUCCAACACAAAAUGGGCCGCAACCCACGGCCCAGCAACAAUCACCACAAAAUCAGCCCACUUCACCACAAAAUCCACAUGGCCCACUUCUUUCUCCUUCAUCCUCAACCCAGAACAGUUUCCCGUCGGAAUCGGAAAAUUCCAACUCGACGACGGUGUCCCCCUCGACGACAUCAUCCUCCUCCACUUCUGAUACAUCACCACCAAAUCCACCUCCACCAAAUCCUCCAAUUGAACCCCAAAACCAAAAUCCACAGAAUCCGCCAAACCCACAAAAUCCAAAUCCACAAAACCCAAUCCCAGAAAAUCUUCACGCCAUGGGUACUCGAUCCAAAGCUGGUAUCGUUAAACCGAAUCGUCGUUAUCUGCUUUCUGCCUCGUACAGCUGCUCAAGCUCUCAAGCUCAAUGGAUGGUGAGUAUAAUGGCAGCAUCGGACGUGGGAUCUCGUACAGUCGUCAAUGCUCAAGGCUACAAUCAACGUCCUGGUCUUGACUACGCAGAGACUUUCAGUCCGGUCAUUAAAUCAACAACUAUCCGUGUGGUUCUGGGUGCUGCGGUUGAUGGAUCGUGGCCUCUCCGGCAACUGGAUGUCAAUAAUGUGUUUCUGCAAGGCACGUUGACAGAUGAAGUGUAUAUGAAACAGCCUCCUGGUUUCAUCGACAAAGAUCAUCCUGACUAUGUUUGCCGGUUGAAUAAAGCUAUAUACGGUCUGAAGCAAGCACCUAGGGCGUGGUACAUUGAACUGAAGAACUAUCUUCUCUCUGUCGGGUUUGUUAACUCUCUCUCCGACACAUCUCUGUUUAUCCUGCACCGAGGUACCUCUAUUAUCUAUAUGCUGGUGUAUGUGGACGAUAUCGUUGUCACGGGCAACGACUCAAGUUUAAUUCAACAAACUCUGGAUGCAUUGGCUCUGCGGUUUUCGAUCAAGGAUCCAGAGGAUUUGCAUUAUUUUCUUGGUAUUGAAGCACGUCGUACUUCCUCUGGUUUACACCUCAAUCAGCGGAAAUAA